CUCUCGUUUCUGAGCUAUUCCGAAAGCACUCAUGUGCUGUUUACUUUUUGAUCAUUAGAUUAGAAUGGAUUAAUGAUCCAAAAUAUUAAUUGGCAGUCAAAAUGGCUAUAGUAUUCACGUUAAUAGUUUCAUCUGUCAUAUUGUUUUCUAUAUAUUACCUGGCUACUAAAUUUUCAGAAUGGUUUUUGUGGACAUCAAAAAGAAACAAAAUGAUAGAAAGUUUUCCAGGAAGACCGGCUCAUUUGAUUUGGGGAAAUCUCAAAGAAUAUCCAGGUCCAAACGAGGCAGGUUUACAAUGGGCUCGAGAAUGGGUGACAGAAUUUCCAUUGGCAUCUAGAUUUUGGCUUGGACCUUUUAUUCCACUCAUCUGUAUAUAUCAUCCUGAUACAACUAAAUUAGUUCUAAAAUCCUCAGAGCCAAAGUCCCAUAAUGCAUACAGACUGAUAGAGCCAUGGAUUGGGACCGGAUUAUUAGUUGCUAAUGGAGGCAAAUGGAAGAGGAAUCGUCGUCUGCUAACUCCAGCUUUCCAUUUUGAAGUUCUAAAAAAUUACCAAUUGAUAAUGAACAAGACAUCAGAUAUAUUGCUGACCAAACUUGAGAAUUAUGCGGAGACUGGUGAGAUAUUUGAGGUGUUUUCUAACAUCAGUUUAUUUACAUUAGAUACCAUGCUACAGUCAGCUUUUGCUUAUGAAAUUGAUUGUCAAACCACAGGGGAAAACGAUCCUUAUGUUGUAGCUGUUCAUGAACUUGUAGAACUAGUAACAGAAAGAUUUUUGAAACCAUGGCUUCACAAUGACCUUAUAUAUCUGUUGACCUCAGAUGGUAGAAAGUUUAAGAAACAUUGUGACUUUGUACAUAAAGUGGCAGAAGAUAUAAUAUCAAAAAGGAGAAAAACUAUAAAAAAAGAGGCUAAAGGUUAUUCACAGAAGAAGAACUUGGACUUUUUGGACAUCCUUUUAUCAGCUAGAGAUGAUAAUAAUCAAGGAUUGACAGAUUUAGAAAUCAGAAAUGAAGCUGAUACAUUCCUGUUUGAAGGGCAUGACACAACAGCCAGUGCUCUGUCAUGGGCCUUAUAUUCCCUAGCAGAACAUCCAGAGAUACAGAAGAAGUUACAGGCUGAAGUAGAUGAGGUUCUAAAGGGAAGGGAUUCAGAUGAAAUUCUAUGGGAAGAUCUACCAAAGCUGCAAUACACCACUAUGUGUUUGAAAGAAGCCAUGAGGUUACACACCCCUGUACCUUUUAUCCAGAGAGAAUUGACAGAACCGAUGGAGUUAGAUGGACAUGAGGCACCUGCAGGGACACAAAUCAGUAUUAUGUUGUAUAACUGUCAUCAUAAUCCCCUCGUCUGGCCUAAUUCUAUGGACUAUAUACCAGAAAGAUUUUCACCGGAGAAUGUAGAGAAAAGAGAUGCCUAUGCUUUUAUACCAUUCUCAGCAGGUCCAAGGAACUGUAUUGGACAACAGUUUGCUCUACAUGAAAUGAAAACAGUUCUUGCCAAAAUAUUUAGAAGAUACUCAUUAGAAUUAGACCCUACCCACAAGGUGGAGAAAUAUGAAACAUUGGUUAUGAGAUCACAGACUGGUAUAAAGAUGAAGGCAUAUAGAAGAUAAUUAGCAUCCAAACAUUCAACGAACAACUUUCUACCUCCAAUUUAGAGAGGUUGCAUUAUCAACAUUAUUGAAUAGAUGAAAGUUGUAAUUUGUUACUAACUAUAUUUAUAUUUUCAUACUGUUAACUGUGUUCUUUUUUAAACUUUUAUUGACCACAUUCGAGUUUGUUUCAUUUCUGGAAAAAAAACGACGGUUUUAGUGAACAUCAUUUGUUGGUUAGGGGCAUUGUAAUUCUUCCCAUGUUGAGUGAGGGGUUGAACAAAUAUCAUUCUAUAUUGCAAGACUUAUUCUGAAAUUUAAUUUUUUUAAUUGAUAACCAGUACUGCUUUCAUAAGGGAAUUGUAAUCAAAAGUACCUACAGAAUAAAUAUUAUUUCUACUUUAUCCUGCAUAAUGAGGAUCACGAAGGCGCUUGAUGAACUUCAAUAGUGCAACGAUGAGGCUCCAACAAGGUACCUCCUCAGGUUGCAAGGUCGCUUUUAAAUUUGUUGAGAGGUCGUUUUUAAGAGAAAUGUACAGGUUAAAGGUCAUUUUUCCCAACACAGAGGACAGAAGUCAGUCGGAGGGCGUUUUUUUCCUAAUUUUACAGGUUGCAGGUGGUUUUUUGAAGGCCCUCAGGUCGGAAGUUGCCUCUAAAAAGCCCAGAGGUCGCAGGUUGUUUUUGACCCUGCGGGAGCCUCAAGGAUACAGGCGAUCCCCUCUAUAUGGUACAUGAGGCUAUAAAAGCACACAUAAUUACUGAACUUUUCUAGUGAAGGACAUAACUCCAAAGUGGUCUAUAGAUAAAGUAUUAUUGGUUUAUGUUUUUAUUAUUAUUGUUUUAAUGAGAAGUGGAAACAUGUGUAAUUGUGAGAAGAGAAAUUAAUAUUUUUUAUGUUUUUAUUUGUUCCUUAACCAAAAAUGAUGUAUAAAAACAAUUAAGCUAGUUCGUAAAAAAUGAAAACACCAUAAUAUUAUUAUUGGAUCAGCUGGGCAGGUGUGCAGCAAACUUUAUUAGAUUUUUUUAAUAAGAAAAUUUGGUCACAUAUGAUAUAUGAGUUAUUGAUGCCACGUUUGAAAAUUAACAAACUGGUAAAAAGACAAAACAGACGGUCAGCAUACAAAUAAUUUUUAAAUAUACAUAUUCUUUAAUUAUGGAUCAGAUGAAGGGUUAGCUCCCCUGACAGCUGAGCUUUGAAUGAUUAUAAAGUGCAGUUUUAUAACAAACCUGUUUUUUGAAUUUCGUGCAACAAAGUGUAGCUUAAUAUCUAUAAUUUAACCCAAGUUACUAUAGGUUAUAUAUGCAAAUUUAUUUUUAUACAUCAGGGAAUUAUAACAUUUUACUUUAAGAUUUGAGUAUACACUGUGCUUAAACGGCCGUGGGUAA